AUGAAUAUAAAACAACCAGCAAUGUGUUAUGAAGAAGGCUAUGGAUUAUAUAAUCCUGCUACAGCAUUUGUCAACACUCUCUUUUCUGCAGCAGCUUAUACACAUGAACCACAACAAUGUCUUGAUAGGAUUUAUCCAGACGUCGGAUUUGAAGUCGUUGAUAUAAUUGGAAGACGUUGUGAUGACUUUGUGUUUGAUUAUGGCGAAUGUUUUGCUUAUACAGCGAUUUCUCAUACACUGAAAGUAAUUCUUUUAGCUUAUCGCGGUACCACGUCGACAAAACAGUUAAUGGAUGAAAUUUUGACAGUACUUUUUAUACCUAAACAAAAGUUCAUCACCGGCGGAAAAGUCCAGAAAUAUUUCAAGUCUGCUCAUGAUAAACUUUAUUCCUGCUCUAAAAAAAGUAUUUCAGAUAUGGUCAGUCAAUACCCAGAUUAUGACGUCGCGAUAACAGGACACUCACUUGGAGGUGCUUUAGCGUCAUUAGCUUCAGCUCGUCUAGUGAAAGAUAAUGUUGUAGCUCCGAGCAGAAUGUCGCUUUACACAUUUGGAAUGCCACGUGUUGGAAACAAAGAAUAUGCUUUCCAGCAUGAUAAACUUGUAAAUAACAGUUGGAGAGUUGUGCAUUGCAGAGAUAUA